AUGGUGACGAAUUUUCGUGAAGGACUUGCGCUUGGGAGAAGAAUACGUGGCCUCCAUGGAAGCGUCUUUAAGUCACUCAGAAAUCUCUCAGUUCGUGCCUCCAAGGAUGAUUCAGUUUAUAAUGCCACUCCUCCAACGGUGUCAUCGUGGUCGCUUUUCUUUACGGUGGCUUUCUCUGCCGUACCUUUGACUUUGUACAUUCCACCUGUGAGGAGCUUGAAUCUCUUUGUGGAAACCAUGGAAGAUCUGUUAAGGGAGUCAAGAGGUUAUACUGCCAGGUUCUAUCCGCGUGCAAGGCACGUGUGGUCUAGGUUAUUGGAUGUUUUGCUUUGCAAUUUCAGGUCAGAGUAG